GAAAUUCCUGAAAGUGAAAGUGUUCCCUUGUAUGUUUUAUCGCUAAGUGAUUCAAUUUAUUCUUCUGAGAUAACUCACAAGGAACAUCUUUUAUCGUUAUGCGCCUUUUCUACCAAAAAUCACCUUUCACGCACAGCAUUUCAGCAAUUACUGAAGUUAAUAGAUAUCCAUCUGCCAGAAAAAAAUUUGUGUGAGACCAGUGUGAACAAAAUCAAAGAAAAGGUUGGAUUUCAUGGAAGUUACUUUCAAUGCCAUGAAUAUUGUGACACCUGUGGAGCUCUCUAUCCAAAUGAUAAGCUUAUUCAUCAAUGCACUACUCCUAGAUGUACUGGAAUGAGAUGUGAUACUAAGGAUGGCAAAAGCAACUAUUUUGUAAGUGGGGACAUGAGAACACAAUUAAAAGAAAUUCUUGAAAAUGAAGAAAACUGGAAUGAAGUUAUAUCCUCUCUACAACGUACAAAAAAGGAUGAAAUAUAUGACAUCUUGGAUGGAAGGAAGUAUCAAGAGCUAAAAAGCAAAUGCAAAUAUAUGACAGUAACAUUGACAAUGUUUACAGAUGGCGUGUCACUAUUCAAGUCAUCAAAAGUUUCCCUUUGGCCAGUUUAUCUUGUUGUGAAUGAACUUAGUCCAUUUUCAAGAUUUCUUAGGAAAAAUAUGAUCUUGUGGGGUUUGUGGCAGGUCAAGGGAAGCCUAAGAUGAACACUUUUUUUCCAUUUGUUAAAGAAAUGAGAACACUUUACAAUGAAGGAUUAUCCGUGGAAACAAUUGCAGGAAAACAAACCAUUUACAUCAUCACUAAUACAUUGACCAUGGACCUGCAAGCACAGGCUUGUGUAUUUAAUAUGAUGCAACACAAUGGUUUAUGCGCAUGCAUAUUCUGUGAAGAAACCGGAGUUGUUGUUAAAAGUGGAAAAGGCCACACUCGUAGCUUCCCUUACCGUGAAAUAAAACCAAAAGCACGUACAAGCGAAUCAAUCGAUGCCAGUGUAGAACAGGCUGUACAACAGAAAAAACCAGUCUGUGGAUUCCAUGGGAGAUAUAUUUUAAAACAUCUCCCUUGGAAUGAAUUUCAUGUCAACUGCACCAUUGACUACAUGCAUGGCUUUCUUCUUGGAUUUUUAAAAAGAAUGAUGACCCUUUGGAUAGAUGGUUCAAGUUUUGAACAACCUUAUUUCAUUGGACAUAAACUGAAAGAAAUUGACAAAACCUUGAAAAACAUCAAAACACCUUACAUCAUUCAUCGAACUCCAAGGAAAAUUCAAAAUAACUUAAACCACUGGAAAGCAUCGGAGUUUCGUUCCUUUCUGCUUUAUUAUGGAAUACCUUGUGUAGAAGGAAUUUUACCCAAUUCUUACUUAGAACACUUUGCCUGUCUUGUCGAAGCAACAUUUCUUCUACUUCAAGAAAAGAUUACUGCGAAAGAUCUAAACCGAUGUAAGAAACUUCUUGAUGUUUUUUACAAAUGCAUGGCUCCACUUUAUGGAGAAGAAACUUGUGGACUCAAUGUCCACAACCUUAGCCACAUUGUUGAAUGUGUGGAAAACUGGGGACCUUUGUGGGCUUACUCAUGUUUUUCUUUUGAUUCAUGUAAUGGAGAAAUCUCAAAAGCUAUCCAUGGAAAGGGAAAUGUAAGUGGUGAGGUCUACUGGGCUGUUCACAGUGAAAAGAUUCUUGAAAAUGAAAUAAAAUCGCUUCCACAUGGAAAAGCUAAAGUUCUCCUGAAAGAAAUUAUGUCAUCCAGAAAUACACCUAACAAUGAGAAUCUUGAAGUUGGUGAACAAUGUUACGUUAUGAAGCCAUUAGUUAAAAUGAACAUCAUCCCACCUUCACUAGCAAAAGAGAUAUCAAUUCAUUUGAAGAUUGAAGAGGAUAAACUGCAGAGAAUUGAUAUUUUCAAAGCUGUAAAAAUCCAAAGAAACAGAUUUGUUUUUUAUAGCAAACAAUGUGGCAGAGUAAAGCAAAACAAUUCUUACACUGUUUUACUUCAACAACCCAUCAAUAGAUGUGACAUAGUUCAGGUGGAAUACUUCAUUCAUAUCAGUAGUCCACGAACGACCAUAGGUGUAUGCAGUGGAUUUCAGCGGGUCCACAGCUUGGUAAAAGGAAGGGCACCUCAUAUACAAGUAUUGGAGCUCAAAAGUCAAGAAGAGGAUAAUUUUAUGCUUGUUCCAGUUUCUUUGUUUGAGGAGCACAUUGUAUACAUGGAGGCCAGUGGAAGAAAAAUCAUUGCCCGCUUCCCAAAUUUCAUAGAGAGGGACUAAUCAGAUUACAUAGUAACAGUUAUUCAUCUUUCAUAAUUGUGUUGAUGAAUUUAAGUCUAUUUAAAUCAAGGAUUUAAAACUGAAUGGUGUUGUUUCAUCAAGGUGUUCUGUUAUUAUGACAAGAUUCACAUACAGGAUGUUUAUCAUUACACUGUGCACUACAUGUGAAGAACGAAUGCAAUUUGGACAUUUUACGUACUCAUUGAUGGAUGAUAAAUUGUGCUCAAUACAGCAAUAUUUAGAGAAGUGUCAUACACAUUUUAUUUUGAAUUAUAAACAUGAUAUGUUACAAUGGGUAUUGAGGGACAUUAAUACAGAACAAUCCACAGCAUAUUAUUAUUGAAAAAAUACCUCUGUUGUGCCUUGAUUGUUUUAGUUGUGACUUGAAUGAAAAUGUUACACUUUCCUAUCUGUUCUGUUGUUGUUUGAGGAAUCCUAAUGACUGAAAAAACUUUAACUUUUUGAUUUUUAAAAGUUUUCAUGUAAUAUGCCAAGGUGUUAUUUAUAGGAUACUCAUUGGGGUGUUAUUUAUAGAAUUCUAAUCAAUUACAUGUACCGUAGAGACUGAAAAGUAUUUGCAUAAU